CCCCACACACACCUCUGUCUCUCUCUCUCUCCUUCCUCUCCCUCUUCUCUCUCUCCUCUUUCUCUGCAAAAACCCUAAAUUUCCUCCGAUUUCGCCUUCCUCAUCUCCAUUCCGGCCAUAUCUGGCCAUACCAAGCAGAACCCAGAACCCAGUUUGGGAUUUUUUCAAUGAUUGGAAGAAAGAUAAGCCAAACGAUGGAAACAAAACCCUAAAAACGAAGCUUUGAUCUCUCCGAAAUCGGAGUUUUGGAAAAAUCGAGAGAGGAGGAAGAGAAGCUGUUUGUUUCGAUUUUGAAGAAGAGCAAAAUAAUGUACAAGAAUCAGCUACAGGAGCUUGCGCAGAGGAGCUGCUUCAAUCUCCCUUCGUAUACUUGUAUAAGAGAAGGUCCAGACCACGCGCCGCGAUUCAAGGCUACGGUUAACUUCAACGGCGAGAUCUUCGAGAGUCCUCAGUACUGUUCUACUCUCCGUCAAGCUGAGCACUCUGCUGCUGAAGUCGCUCUCAAUGCUCUCUCUAAUCGUGGCCCUUCUCACUCUCUUGCCGCUAGGAUCUUGGAUGAGACGGGUGUGUACAAGAAUCUGUUGCAAGAAAUAGCUCAAAGAGUAGGAGCUCCAUUACCGAGAUACACUACCUUCAGGUCUGGUCUUGGCCACCAGCCCGUGUUCACUGGUACAGUGGAAUUAGCUGGAAUCACAUUCACCGGAGAUCCGGCUAAGAACAAGAAGCAAGCAGAGAAGAAUGCUGCUAUGGCUGCUUGGUCUUCCUUAAAACAAUUGGCAAAAGAGACUUCAAGUUCAAUGCCUGAGCCUGAGAACAUUGACGAGCUAGAACAAGUGAUUAUAGCAAGAGCCUUGAUAAACUAUCGUAUCAAGGAAAACAUCGGCAUGGGAAGCUCCUCGAGUGGUCCGGUUCCAUUUGCAAAGAAGUUUUUCAUGCAGAACCCUAGACCAACAAGUCCACAGCCUUCCCCUGCAACCACAUCAAGAAUCUUACCUUUUAUUUGCACAAAGCCUUCUUCAAGAACCAGAUCCUUAGCAGCAACUUCCGUUGAAAGAGCCAUGGAAAACCGUAGCUACAGGCCACAGCAGAGAUUUGCAACUCCAGGAGGAACAGGAACAGGAACAGGAACAGCAGUUCCUCCUCCUUAUGUUCCUAUGAUGAGGCAUUUAAGAUCGCAGUGUCACGGGAUGGCUCCACCUGUCACGAUCAGAACCUCUGUACCUGUAUUCUCUGCACCUCCAAUGCCUCCUCCUCCUACACAAGCUUCAAACACUACUCAGAUACCUUCUGUGUAUGUUCCAUCGAUGAUGCGUGCUGCACCGGUCAGAAUCGCUCCUCCUGUCACGAUCAGAACCGCUGUUCCCGUUUUUGCUUCUGCUCCGCCGGUUAGAAAAGUGAAUAUCCAAACCCCUGUGACUCAAGUAGAAGAAACCCGGAAAAAGGAAGAGAGUGCUCUAGUUUUGCCUGAUACUCUUGAAAUCGGAGAAGAAAAAAGUGUUAAAACAACUUCAGAGAGUGAGAAGGAAACCGAGAGAGGAGCAGCAUUAAAGGAUACGAAAGGAGGAGAACCAGAGACGGCAAAAGAGCGGCUUGAGAAUCUCAAAAUCUGCUAAGAAAAUUUCUCUGUGGUUUAGUUAUUUUUUUGAGGGUUGGUUUCUGAAAGAAUUUGUUACUUGUAGUAAUCGUUAUUAUACUCGGUGGAUCGAGUAGUUUGAUGAUAAUGAGAAGGAUUUGUAAUAUAUUGGGAGAUUUUAGGAGAAGAUGGCACUGGCGAAUUCUAGAGUUUGUAUCUGUUUCACUUUCAUAUUCAGUUUGUUUGUGUCCUCUUCUUACC